AUCAGACAGCGGUUAAAUCAGCAGCUGAAACCUCCAGCCUCUACUGCUCCGUUGUGGGUCUCCAGAGAAUAAGAAUAGUGGAUUAACAUUGCAGCAGAUUUAUUUUGUCUCCCUGAAGAGACCAAACAGGAAGUUAGGAUCUGAACCAAAGCUGCAGGCUCUUUUUAGUCAUGUUCCUAGCGUACUCUCUGCCCAUGAAAGCGAAGCGCAGGCGGAAUAAGGAGCGUCUGGAGGCCAGCUUCGCCGGCUUGUGUGAGCUGGAACUGCUCAAACAGAGGCAAGAAUGCCGGGUGCUGAGCGCUCUGUGCCUCGGGGAUUCUCCGGUUGCCGGCCGUCCACCUUGGGGAGCUCUACGUUGCGCCCUGGACGCACCAAACGCCAACGCCUCGGAUGACUAUAGCCGCAGGCUCCAAACUAGCAGUCCCAAGUGUAUGCCCUGUGCUAUGAAGGCGUCUUUGGAACAGCAAGUGGCAGAGCUAAAGGUGAACACUGAGGUCCAAUCAACAGAUUCCCCAACUGAUCUAGAGGACUGCAAAAUAAUUUCAGGAGAGGUCCUUGCAGCCAAAAAUGGAUCUCCUGAGUCAAAUUACCAACCUUUGGUCCAUUCUUCUCUCUCAGCAUCUGAUGGGACGGGAGAGACAAAGACAGGAGAAACAGACCUACCAAGAGGGGCCACGGUUACUGGUGCUUUGGCGGAGAUGGAGGAUGUUGUCCCCAGUCAGGAAGAUUCUCAACAAACCCACAAAGUUAAGACUUAUAUAUUUCGAUUGAUCCAACGCCAAGCUCUACCCACACACUCCUCAAAGCUCCGUACCAGCCUGGCACAUGAUGCCAGAGCUGUCAAUGUGGUGAGGCAGAGUAGUAUAUGCCGCAUGGUGAAGCAACAUUCACCGAAGCAGGUGUCUGUUCAGGAGAUCUCUACUCCAUCCCAGGGUUCACAAGGAACUGCUCCACAGGCUUGCCAUAAACUUGAUCAGGACCCUUACAUGGGGACAGGGUUUACCGAAGAUGUCCCACCCCUGUACCACCAGAAUCUCCAGCAAAGUAUCCAACAUCAACCAGGGCUUUAUCACAGGCCCAGGCAGGCUUCCAUGAUUAACACCUCCCGGUCAACAUUGCUGGACUAUCCAUCUUGCAGAGGGCUGCAAGCCCACCCAGACUCAUGUAAUGGCGAGCUUGAUUCACCUCAACAUUUCCACAACUACCCUUCCUCUCCAGGUCUGUCAAAGCCUCACCAACCACUUUCACCUGAAGAGCAGCUGUUUAAAGCAGAGUAUAUUCCAGCCCAUCCUUGCCGAGCCUUGACCAGAGUUUAUGCCCAUCACCACUCCAACCCCUACAAGGGGCCUGGGGUGCCCAACCGAACCACAUAUUCUCCAGAAAGAAACCAUCACCAACAAGAGCAGCAGUCCACAGCAUCUCAGAUCCAAUCUUCCAGAUCCCGAGGGGGGCCAAAGAAGUGUCACUCGAAUGAAGACAGAAAUGGGUUCAGCAGGAAGCCGGGAAAGAAGGCAUGUAGGUCUCAGUCAGAGAAUAGCCUGCAAAGGGUUCCAGAUCGCAAGUACAAUACAGUAGAGAGGGAUGGUGGAGGAAGUGGAAGCGGAAGCCGUAGUAGUCAAUACAAGAGCAAGAAACAACAGCAUGGUAGCUGUCGACGCUGGCAGUCCACCCUGGAGCUCAGCCAAGAUGAGACUGACCAGCCGCCCGUGCAGACACACGUGCGAGGCUCUGCAGCUUCAAACCAAAGGGACCAUUGUACAACUCGCACAUGCAAAUCUCGCCCUACACAUGUAUCGCAUGCCGACCCACACCAUAACCACUCCCACCAUCAUCAGCACUUUGAGUACCAGUUAAAGAGGGAACAAGUGCCACUGUGUCAGCCUAGUGAGGAAUACCCCAAACUACGUCAGGGUGAGUCUGAGUCAAGCAUGAGCGAAGCAGACUCUCUAGAGUCCAGCUCUUUGUCCAGUGAUUCAGAUGAGAGUGGUGGUCUCGUUUGGCCCCCUCAACUAUCCCUCCCUUCACCAUCUGCCCCACCUGGGCCACCUCUGCAGCCCAAAGCUUUUGUCAAGAUUAAGGCUUCACAUGCUCUUAAGAAGAAGAUCCUGCGCUUCCGCACUGGUUCACUUAAAGUAAUGACCACUGUAUGAAGUGGAAUACUGGCCAAACUAAAAUGGAGAGCAGAUCUUUGGACAACAUAGAACUAUAGACCACAAACUACAGUGAAUAUAAAAAACAAUGUGUAUAUGAAAGUUAUAUGUUCUAGGUUAAAAUAAUUGACUGGAUGGCUUUAGAAGCAUUGGCGGAAAUGGGCAUCACCAUAUCAGCCAUUUCAAAAAUGGGAUGUAAAAUUGUAUAUGAAGUGUUACAUUUGACUAAAUAUCUGAAAUGGAUGACUCAUGUUUCAUCAAAGGAUACCAUAAUUGGCCACAUUUGGCCCCUAAAUAUCCCUACCCUCAACAUGCACACAGCCAGCAAUAGCUGGUUGGCAUUGUCUUUAAGGUCACACAGAACCGACUCCAAUACACCCUAUGCAAGAACAUUUCCGUACUCUUAUCCUAAACUUUCAUAUGAGUGUCAGAUUCAUCAAACUGUCUUAACCGCACAAAUUAUUUUGUUUCAACCUGACUAAUGCCACUGGUUAAUGGGUAGCUGUGCAUUUGUGAAUUUUAUUAUUAUCAUAACCAACACUUUGCUAUAUACAGAUUAUUUAAAAAGUACGUUUUGAUUGCUAGGUUGACUGUCACCAUUUAAUAGGACAUGUCUCCAAGUUUAACAUUCUGGUUUCUAUCUUGUUCUUGCUAAUUCUACAAAGAUACAAAUGUGUAUGUAUGAAAUGUAUUGUUGGAAAUAUAGCAGCCUACAAUGCUAACACAGACUACAGUUUCGGUCUUAUAUUUGGAUUGUUUUGUUGCUAAAGUGAUGCGUACCUGUUAUUUCAAUUUUUAAGUCAUACUUUAUUUAAACAGGAUGAUAACUCAAGGCAACAUCCAUAAGUUAGUACGUUUCUGCAUAAACAUACAGCUAUUAAAUAUAUUGUUGGAAAUAAAUGUAGGACUUGGGAAAAUGUGGCCGUAUAUAAAUUCAUGUGAAGGAGUAGAUUGUUAGUACAGUUCGUAUUGCCAGCUAUUUUGUCUGGAAUUUGUGGAUGAGAUAGUAUUAUUGGUGAAAGAAUUGACUUUUAACCAGCUUCUAGCAGCAGACACAA